AUGUUCUUGUCUGCUUCAACAGAGGUAAAGCAGGUCCUCGAAGAAACACUACCAGCAAGAGUUCGAGAGGGCAGCGUCAAAGCUGUGGAUGAAGAAUCAACCAAGAAGGGAGAGGAACCAGCGCCGCAGGCGGAAGGUGAUCCUGGAGAGGAAUCUGAAGAUGAAGGAGGCGAGGAACUACAAGAAAUUUCAGCUGCAGAGCAUGAAGAAAACAUCGUCGUUAUGGAGCAGAUCCUGGAGUCUUUUUUGGAGAUGGCAGCCGAGGGCCGCAUGCCAACGAGAGAACAGAAAAGCCAGUUUGUAUUGAAGGGGAAGGUGGAUUCCACAUCUGACCUGUUGGCAUCUCCAGAAGAGGACGUAGAAGAGGAAUUACAGGAGCAUUACUUUAUGCAGCCAAGCACAACCUUGCAGCCGCACUACACCUCUGCACCUUUGGAGGAUACCAACGUACUUCCAGUGCCUAUCUGCAAAGAAUCUGAACAGGAAGAGUUCGAGGUUCCUGAGGAGGACGAGGAGGUGGCAGAAGAGGAGGAGGAGGAGUCAAAGAGUGUGCAGGAGGCCUGGGUCAGGCGGCAGCAGCUGCUGGACGAGUUCGACGCUUUGCACGACGAGGGGCAGAGGCUGCGCAUCAUGAACUUGCUGCUCCAGUCCAGGGUGCUGCGCUCCAUGCGGCGGCCAAAGCACAAAGGCCGCGGCGCUUCGUCCACCGCCUCAGCAGCGUCCGCGUCCGCGUCGUCGCGUUCAGAACCACAGGUUGCAGGAGACCCAGUCGCGAUCGCUGAAACUCUUGAGAAAGAACUGAUGGAAGCUGGAGAGGUGCGGCGCCAUUUGGAGGCUGAGUUGAGCCACAGCGCGGAGGAGGAGCACCUGCGGAAUCGGCUAAGCGCUGCGCGCGAAAAGGUGGCUGCGAAGGAGGCACAGCUGUUGCAGCUGCAGGAAAAGGCCAUCUCCAAGAUGCGUGCGCCGCCCGGGCGCCGGCAGGAGGCGGAGCGAAUGCUCAAGCGCGUGUGGCCACAGCUGACGCGACUGCGACAGGAGCGUCUGCUGCACAUGCGCGCCGAGAACGAGAUGGAGAGCGCCAAGCGACAGGUCGCCGAGCUGGAGGCGUUCGGGCUUAAUCGCUCUGUGGCAGCCUACGAACAGCUGGCGGCCGACGGCGUCAAGCUGGCGGAACACGUGCAGGAGCGCACGGAACAACUGACAGCGCUGCGCAACGCCGCCGACAGGGACCUGCAGCAGGCGGCGCACCUGCGCGAGACGCUCCAGGGCGCCCACUAUUCCGUGCUCGAAGCACGGCGCAAUGAUGUGCGCGCCUCUAUGUUCCUGCAGAAGGCCAGACAGGAAGUGCUCAAGACGAAGAGGAGGCGUGACGUGCUGUACAAGGAGAGUUCCAAACUCACACAGCAGAUGCAACUGCUCGCAUACCCGGAGCUUCUCCGUAACCAAGAGGUGGUGCGAUGGCAUCUGCAGCUGGCGCAGGCGGAGCUGGAGAAGCUGCGUACGGCGUACGCCAACCAGGAGAGACACAUAGCAGCGGCGCGCAGUCUGCUGCAGCAGAGGGAGCAGAGUCUGGUGACGGGCACGGACGGGCAGUCGCCGCAGCAGUCUUUCAUCACGCUGCACAUUGACACCAAGCGUGGGACCUCGCGCCUCGACAUCAAAUACGACAGCUAG